UUGAUAUUCCAAACAUAUAAUACCAGUUUAUUUGAAUAUUAUAUACAGAUAAAGUUUAUGUACAUACAGUUUACUCUACACCCCGUUCGGCAGUGGGCCAACUGGGGAAGGCCUCAGCUGAGCUACCGGCGAGCAAAACGCCACUAGUUCGCAAGCUUGCGCACGCAUUCGUCAUCUUCCACGCAGAACGGUCAAAAGCCGAGCGCGGCCGCAAGCCACCAGCCUCGCUUUCCUUCGUGUUGACGUUCCUUUUCAUAUUUAGUCUCUCCUUUCGGAACCUUUUUGCAGCACGGUCUGCUGUUGCAAUUGAGUCACCGCUCCGUCCCUCACUCUUUUGAAUUCCAUUGACACCUCCGAACACUUUUGCACAUAUCAACAACAACAACAACGCUCUUUAAACAACAUCACCAUGGCAGCGCACGACGACGACGACUUUGCGGGUGCUAUUGCUGGCGAAACGCGACCCCUCCUCGAGCGAAUCGACCCAAUUGUCUUCCCCGACGACGAUGACGACGACAGCUUAGAUCCCGUCGAGGCUACGGAUCUGCCGGCCGAAUUCGUGCCAUCUCUUGCUUUCCAGUGGAGGGUUAGCCUCACAGCCACGGCCAUUGUUACCAUCAUCAUGGGCGGCCAGCUUAUCAUGAACCCCGCGACGCAGGAAAUUAUGGAAGAUAUCAUCUGCCACGACAAAUUCCCUGACCACACCAUUGGCUCAUACAACCCGGUCGACCCUCGCUGCAAAGACAACAAAGUGCAAGACGUGCUUGCGAUGGUGCGCGCUUGGUCUGGUGCCGCCGAGAUGAUUGUUCCGCUGUUUGUCCAACUCCCAUUUGGUGUUGUUGCGGACAAGUAUGGCCGAAAGCCUGUCAUGUUUAGCGCCCUGGUUGGCGUGCUCUUCUCUAUUUCGUGGACCAUCUUUGUUUUGGCAAAUCCACUGCGAUUCUCCGUCUGGGCCACCAUAUACGGCAACAUUGCGUACUUGAUUGGUGGUGGCGGUACCGUCGCCGUAGCCAUGUGCUACACUGUAGUAACGGAUGCGAUUCCGGCAGCAAACCGAUCCACGGUGUUUUACUACAUCAUCGCCAGUAGCCGCAUCAUCACCGUCCUUCUCACUCCGCUUAGCGCAUACCUUCUUAACAUUGACCCGUGGAUGACGCAGUCCUCUGGCUUCAUCGUCAUGAUUUCAGGGGUCUUCCUGACACUUAUGUUGCCGGAGACUCUUAAACUCCGCCAGAAAGCUGACGACAAGCGCCGUACAGCGCGAGAUGUGUCCACUGCUCGCCCUCUAGUGACGACGCCGGAACCAGGCGCCUCGUCCAGCACACUUUCCACCUUCAUCCGACGCUCCUGGAGCUCAGCAAAGAAUGAUAUGUCGCAUAUUUGGCACUUUCUUCUCGGUUCGAAGUCCAUCAUGGCCCUGAUUGUAGCCAGUGGAUUCCUCUUUCCGGUCCGCAUAUCCUUUGCUCAGGACGUGACACAAUACAUGACCAAACGAUACAAUUGGACAUGGGCGGAGGCUACAUAUGUCAUGGGAAUUGAAAAUGCUACCGGUGUCUUUGCACUAAUGGUCCUCUUACCCAUAUUCGGCCACCAGCUUACCAAGCGAGGCUACAGCACCUUGAGAAAGGACCUCCUGAUAGCUCAAGUCGCCAGCGUUUUCAUAGUAUUUGGUACAGUGCUAAUCGCCUUUGCUUUUGUACCGCAAAUGGCAAUCGUGGCACUGGUCCUCUACAGCUUUGGCGCCGGCUAUGCGGCUGUCAUCCGAUCUAUACUCAGCAUGAUUGUAGAGCCACACACAAUUGGCUCCCUCAACACUGUACUUGCCAUGCUCGAAAGCUCAUUGGGCGCAGUAUUUUCACCCCCUCUGGGUUGGCUACUGAAGACUGGGUUCAACCUAGGUGGUGUUUGGAUGGGCCUACCCUACUUGGUCGUUUCUGUUGCCGCAGUGGCUACUAUGCUUUUGACCCUAACUUAUAGGAUCCCCAAAAGCUUUGGUCAAAUAUAAGUGUUGAUGAAGUAGUAUUUAUUUGCUGAUGAUUUAAUAAAAUGCGAAAUAAUAUGCGAAUACCGGCAGAAGAUGCCUCUCAAAAAGUAACAGCUUCGACUUAGAGCCAUAAGGCAAUUUAUCUACAUCGUACUUGACCUCUAUAUAGCCUUGCGUGAAUAAUAUUACGAAACACGAAC